GCUUGAACCAAACUUUAACAGUAUAAUGACGCAUAACCGAAAACUUUAAAGGCCACGUGGCCUUACACAUCAUGACGUAUGCCCGACAAAAGCCUGCUGCAGCACAGAAAUAUGUAAGAGAAACUGCUGUACAACAACGACAAGAAGCUCAAUCACACUCUAAACAGGCUUUGAAACGAGUUGGAAUUCUCGUCAAAAAUGGCAGCUUGGACACGUUGGAUACGAAACAGUUUGUUUCCCAUUGUUUCAUGUGACGCUGAUGAUCAAGAGGAUACUGAAAAAUUACCGGAUGAAGCUGUAAACGUGCCUUCCAAAAAGGCCUCAGAAACACAGUUGGAUGAUGAGGGUCACGGAGGUACUGGAUCAAAAGAAUCCCAGCGAAUGGCACUUUCAAAACAAGGUCAUAAUCCUCCCGAAAACGCUAAGGACUUGAGUACUAAACUGGGCUCAAAUAAACAGGAGGACACUCAAAAAGAAUCCUCUGAAGAGAGGAAUGAAGCUGCGACAACAGAGGCAACUGAAGAGGCGCCAAAAGAAGAGUCCGCUGACGAACAGCAAGAACCUCCUGAAGAGGAGCCAGCUGCAGAAGAGGAAGACGAAGCUCAGCAGCACACGGAGACAGCUGCAGACGGUCCCGCCACUGGUGAAACCGCCGAAACGCAGGCAGACAAGGAAACUUCCAAAGAGGAACAACCGGAAGAGGAACCGACAGAAGAAAGUGAGGAACAGGAAGGAAGCGAAGAAGAUGGAGAAGAAGAAAAGGAAGAAGAAGGAAGCGGUGAAAACGAAGAGGGAACCGAAGAAGAAGAAGAAGAAGAAGAGCCAGAACUCGUCGACCCUCUAGAGCAUUUCACGGAAGUUUGCAUGAAUUCACCCCAAUGCGUUCACGAAAAAGAGGUAUUUGACGAAUGUGUUGCUCGUGUAACGAAAAAGGAAGAAGAAGGGGAUACUUCUGAGAACUGUAUUGAAGAGUUUUUCCAUCUGUACAAAUGUGCAAGAAACUGUGCGAUGCCAAAAGCUUUUGCAGAGUUGAAAUAGUUUUGUCACUUGGUCCUCCCUCCCUUACAUGACCUUUUUCGUUUGCCGUUCCUUCCUUUCUGUAACACUAAGGGGUUUUAUCUACUCUUUAUUUACCUGUAGCGAAUCUUUUAACGACAUGUCAAAUAAUGAAUGUUAAUGUUUUUUUUUUGUAAUGAAUUUAAAUUACCAAGGCGGCCAAAAAUCGUUUCACCAAUUUAAUCGGACCCGCCCUG